UUGUGAUCUAUCCCAAAAUAUAUUCUGCUUCGGCUUUUUCCAUGUGAAAAAAUAUAUACAAAUAAUAAAAAGUUUUGAGCAACGUAUCUUGCGUUCGUGUAUUUGUUGUAUAAUGGUAAAGUAUGCAACUUCUGAUAUGAAAAAUACUUCACUCAAUUUUUAAAUUGUUUUGGAGAGGUGGUAAUUUUGCAAUGACUUUUUUCUAGAUGAGGUAAAGGUUUAAAAUCUUGUGUCUUUUUUUUUAAUAAGAAAUGUGAAUUUUUUUGUGACUUUUUUUUAAUAUAAAACUCAUAACAUUUUUCUUGAGGAAAAUUGAGAAAAUCUAAAUUAAUAUGCCGAAGGAGGUGCAUCAAAUUAUUUUGUAGGACAAUCCUUGAGAGACUUUUAUUGUUAGGUCUAUUUUCUGUAACAAAUGGUAUACAGAAUGUGAGACGCACCUUUGUCUCAUCCUUCUUCUACCAGAGAAUGUUGUGUACAUGCAUCAGUUCAAUCAUUUUAGUAAGGUUUAGUACUAUAUGAACAUUCGCAAAAAUAAAUACGGAAAAAAUAUGAUCUGAAGACAAAGUAAAGCAAAGCGAUCAUCAAGAUGAAUCGAUAUGGCGAGGCUAGACUUUUCUUCUCCAAUCUACCAUCAAUGACUGAUCAUGUUGGUUUUCGUGCUACACAUUAUUCUAAUAAUCAUAUUGGUAUCCAGCCACCAUGUUGUAGAGAGUUGAUAUUCACCAUUCCAGAAAUAUUAGUGUCACCAGCAUAUGACAACAAAUCCCACUUAUUAAUUAUUGCCCAGAAAGAAUUUGCCACUUCAAACGAAUUUGUUGCAAAGCUAAACAAACUGAGAAUAAAAUUAGCAAGCAAGUUGGAAGUGGAUCCAGAGUUGUUUGAGUAUUGCUUUACAUACACACUGUAUCAAAAGGUCGCACCAUUUUGGAACAAAACAGCAUCCUUCUUAGUGAAAGGUCGAAACUUUCUGCAAGACUGUGAAAAAAUUCCAGCCCUGGGACUGGAAGUUUCAGUAACUAACAAAAUCUGCUUAGCUCUGGAACCGUUUAUGGUGAAAAUGCCUCCUGUUCAGUUGGAAGAUUUUCUUGUUGAUUUUGGACCGUUGUGGAAUUUCAAACGAAAUCCAAAAUAUGCUAUUCAAGGUUAUUCCAUUCAAGACUGUUUUUGUUACGUUCUGCCUAGUUUAAAACGAGGUCGCAUUGAUUCGAUAUCGCACACUAUACCCCGUCACGCUCCUUUCAGAAAUUAUGAAGACAUCAGACAACAUUGGAAAGUGACCUAUGGCUAUCGGUUACCGGUAGAUGAGUGCCAUUUAUUUUUCAACAUAUGUUUUGGAACAACAGUAUUUACUUAUCCGGAAUGGUGUAUUCGUUGCACCCAACCAUCUCGUUUUUUACGCUGUGAUCAUGAUGACAUCUGCAAAUCGUUUCUUCAAGACCUAGCUGCCAGAAUGCCGAAUAUGUGUCACUCUCCUUUAAAAUUUACUAAAGAAAGUUUGUUUUGGAAAAAUGAUUUUCCAACGGCGAAUAGAGGAAACCAGUUAUGUUUAGGUAAGCAGCCGUCAGCUGAACUCCAAAAAUACGUUCAACCAUUUCAGCAUGUUCGAAAUCACGUGACAACGACUUCACGGUGGAAACCCUUCCAGUAUGUCGACAUGGAAAGGGAUGGCAAAAAGUCUUUACAAAUUAGUGGAAUAUUUGCUAACAAAACAACACAAAACUUGAGAUAUCCUUCGAAUGCGAUACAAGGUUGUUCCAAGAAACAGGCUGUUGGUAGUGCCAUUCUGCCGAAUAAAAAUUAUAAUCAAGCGCGUAGUGAUGGUCAAAACAAUGCUAAGCCAAAUUUAGAACGCACACAGAAGUCAUCAAGUAUGUUAACUAAACAGACGAGUCGAAAUAUUGUGGAGAUUCCUGACUCUCCUGCAUUGGAGCAAAUUGUACCCGAUGAUUUACUUGAUAUUGAGCAGACAGGCGAGGAUGAUAAGUCCCUUCAUGAAGUCAGUAUAUGUAGAGGACCUGUGGAGAAGAAUCUCGGAGAUGGAAUUGUUGUCGUAAGUGAAGCGCUUUGUACUAAAAAUUUGGAUGAUGAAGAGAGCAUGGAAGAAGUUUCUGAAAUUGUUCCCCGGGCGCAACAUUUAUCAAAUACUUUCCCGAUCGCAAAUUCCAUGACACAGAAGAAUGGAAACACUAACGAUUUGAUUGAGUUCGCUGUUCCACAGGUGCGUGAUAAGAACCCGAACGUAUCAUGUCAUUCCACUAUUGUUAUUGAAAGUUCUAAAUUAAGAGAAUCAGCUGUACAAGCACUAAACAAAGUUGGCUCAGAAGAACCAACUGUGAGAAGUAAUAUACCUGUGGAAGAUCCAACAACUCUCGGUUGUGACACAAGUAACAGCAUCCCUGUUACAAAAGGAAUUGUUUCAAAUAAAAAGAUUGUUCCGACCUUCAAAAAAACAAAGAAGACCAUGGGGAUGUGUAAUCCUCAUGCUCAAAAUUCUUCUCAACAAAGGGUAGUACCUUCUUUUGGAAAGAAAACUAUGCCACCAGUCAACUUCUCAACGCCUCUUUGUCGGAAUGACCAGAAGAUAUUUCCAAAGUUAAGCGACGAAUACCAAGUAAGCAAGAAAAAGCCUUUUGUGUCAAAGAAAAAUAUUGAUUCGUCUGUGAAGCGAAAAUUGGGUGUUUAUGCCGGUACAGAUAACCUUCCUUCGAAUACAAAAUAUCCUAAGCAAUCAAACAUUACGCCAUCUCUAACGGUUCCCUCGUCCUGCAACGGGUUGGCAUCUGCUUCGAGACGAGUAAAUAAACUGAGUAUAAAGAAACCUGAGUGUAUUAACCCAAAGAGACAAAAAUCAUUUUGUGCAACGGCUAACCCACAUGUGUCUACUCAAGCUUUCGAUCUUGCCAUGGAAAUUCUAUCGCAAUCUUCGCAGUCGGAAAUAUCAAGUGCGAUUUUUGAUUGUAAAUUAAACACAAUAUUGCAAUCUCCCGUUAUUGCACCAAGUUCAUCACCAAUACAUAAACUUUCGUCAAGUCAACAGUGUUCUUACCAAGAAUCACAACAAACUCCUGAUUCAACCGUGGUUAAGAAGCAGCGUAGCAAGCAGCAGAUUCAAGAAAAUAUUGACGUCGAAAAAAUGGCGAGAAAUAAGCAACUAAAGAAAGUAAAUGCUGCAACGUUACGCAGUUGGUUGAGAAGUAAAGGUGUGUCGUGCAAAGCAGCUGAGAAGAAGGAAGAGAUGGUGAAAAGGACGGAGAUGUUUUUGAAUAUUUUUCAAGAAGAGCUUGUGCAUGAAGUAAAAGACUUCCUUCAAAACAACAAAAUCGAAUCCACUUGUUAACUAACGUUAGUUAAGAAAGUGACUCUGUUACGUUUGCUUCUGUUGUUUAAGAAACGACUUUUAACAAUCAGAGAAAACAAUUACCUAGUCAGUGUGUAAUAUAAUAUGUUUGUUUGUUUGUUUGUUUGUUUGUUUUGUUAACAGUUUACAAGUUUUUGUGUACAAGGAUAGGGACAGUUAACUUGAAGAAUAACAAACAUUAAUCUUAAUCCUAAAAUAUUUCGGCAAAAAACAUUGGCAAAAAAAUUGUCGGUCAGAAUCUGGACUGCUGGUUUACCAAAUUUAUGAUACACUAGCAGUGAUCUAAAUUGGUAGGAAAAGUGAAAAGCCUGAGAUCCAUGCGUUUUACAUACGUUGUAUUAUUAUUGAAAUUGAAUGUCAAUUAAAUUGAAUUUUUUAAUAAAUAAAGGUGAUUGAAUUGUCAUGUUGAAAUAUAUUUUGUGUAUUUCUUACAGUUUGAUGUACCUCCGUCCUGCAUCUUUUUUAUCGAAGUUACCUAACGACACUUGUCAACAUUCUUACAACCAAAAUACAGAAGUUAUAAACCUGCAUAUUCUACGAAACAGUUAAAGUGCAGAAAUAGCAAAUUGCUAGGGAGGGUCAAGCCAAAGUACAAAUCGUGAUUAACUUGUUUUAGGACGCCUGAUGUUAAAAAAAUAGUGUUUGCCGUUCUGAGAUUAUUUGUGAGUGUGUAUUUUAGGGAUAAUAACAAAAUUCCACUUUAUGUACUCUUCCCAAUACAUACCGGCAAAAUGAGAUGAAAAUAUGGUAUAUAUCCAAUUUACUUGCUGCCUUGCAGAGAUAUGGUCCGUAGGGGCCGGGAAAUGCCCUAAUUUGGCAUAUUUAUGCUAAUGUCAUCACUUCUUUGUUGAAUUUCAUAAAAAAUCAUGCAACUGUUUUAAAUGGUUUUCUGUUUUACUAUUUGCUGAUCAAGGAGAUAUUUCCUGUUAAAAAUAUCAUUUUUGCAGUGAACUUUUCAUAAAUUAGGGCUGAAUUUUUGUAAUCCCAUCUUUAAAUCCCAACCUAUAUAUUCUUUCAGUUCUAGGCGAGUGCUACAAACUUGGUACCCAACUAAAUUUUUUAUGUACGACUAUAGAAAAGUCGGCCUUUUCCUAACUGCGUAUGAUACCACGUGAUCGUGAAAAUCGAGAGAAGUGAGCCACAGAUCUAACAUGUCAAAAUUUAUUUUGCAUUUAAUUAAGCGAAGGAACUGGAAACGGGUUUGUCACUGACGUGUCAGACGAAAGAUGACAGUUACGAGCAUCGGCUGUCAAGUUCUUUUUUUGCUAAUAUCUCCAGAUUAUCAAGAAAAAAGUUAAGUCAACAAACAUCUUUCUUUUUAUAUACCUGAUUUCACUCUGAUUUUCUGAAAAAGGUCCAGAAAAAGUACAUUCAUCCUUAAAUUAUAAAUAGGAUAUUUAUAUUCUGUGGAGAAAAACAACUCCAAGUUUUAAAUGCACUAAAUAACCACAAGCCGUUGUGUAAAGGGUGAAAUUGGAUCUCCUGGCUACAUGAAAUGUUAGAGCAGUUUCAAGUUUUUGUAAUGACGUGUAUGUUAAAGAAAUUUAUUUCACAAACAAACAAACACGGAUUAACUCUGUUUACUUUCCAAUAAAAUAUUUUAAUAGAAGUAGCUCCCGAAGUUUUUAUUUACUUGGGAGAGACGAUUUACAAGCUAACUGUUUAUAAAACAAAAAUUUAGUACGUUAUCUUACUUCCUACGCGAUAGGAAGUCGGGCUGCUUAAAAAACACCGCCACAUCAUAACAUGUGAGUGUGUACAACUUCAUCACACAUGAAAGGUUCUUAUGUCUGACGUUAGCCUCAAACUUAGACCUGCUCUUCACAUCAUAAGUCCUGGAGACGAGCUUGUUUUAGCGUGUAACUAUAUUCAAGGCAAAACUCAGUUAAAAAGUAUCCUAUAAAAGAAGCAUUCACAUUUUUUUUUCUUGUUUUUAAAAGAAGAAGCAAAUUUGCAAAGAGAUCAAAGCAAAUUUUAGUCCAACAUAUUGAGAUAAGAAGGUCUUAUUAAAGUUGUUAUUAUCAGGACAUUUUUGUUAACACAGACCAUGACAGAGUUUAUUUAAUUCAUUGUUUAUAUUUUCCUAAGUUUGCUAACGCCAAUCAAAACAUUGUUAGCGAUAUUUUGUUCAGAGGGAAGGCGAAAAUACUUUAAAGGUGGAAGCUUUCGCGAUAAGUUUAAUUCCGCGUAAAAUUUGACUCUAUAAUAAUAUUUAUAAUUCGCGAACUUUAUGCUUGAAACAAAAAAUAGACCCGAGAAGAUCUCGCUGUGAAACAUGCUAUCGUUUGAUACGCAGGCAGAAACUUUCGCGAUUUUGGUCAUUUUCGCGAAAUUUUGUGCCUUUGGACUUAUAAAUCAGCAAAUAGCACAAGUUUUUCACGGGAAAAUCUUAAAGUUAUUUAUUUAUUUC